AUGCCCGCCCUGAACGACGCGACGAACCGGGGUAAGCGGUCGUCGCGGUCGACGGUUGGGAAACGGAACUCGGACGCGAGCGCGCGGGAGACGACGCGACGCGCGUCGGGCGGACGCGGGUCGAACGGGAACGGUGCGUCGACGGCGUCGUUCAGCUCGGUGCCUGACGUGAGCAAGGACACGGGGUUUACGGGGGUGUCGAAUUCGCCGCCUGGGUUGGAGCCGACGCCGCAGACGCGAGGGCCGGUGGGGCGGAAAUUGAGCUCAGGGUCGAGCGCCGGGUCGACGGAUGGGCGGGCGGACGGCGUGUCGACGUCCUCUUUGCGAUCUGGGAGCUCGGGGACGACCGAAGCCACGCGACGAUCGUCUCGAGAGCGCAAGGCGACGAAUAAGUUCGGUGAGUUUCAGAGCUGGGAGUCUGUCGCCGCGGAUGAGGUGCCGCCGUCUCCGGCGUUUGUCGGGAAUCCGAGACAAAGGCAGGCGUACCUCGAGGCGUACGCGAAGAACAUCUACGAACAAGAAGUGGCGGAGCGAAAGGCGAAGGGCGAUGUCGUGGACGACACCGUAGAUGAUGUGCGCAGCCGCGUCGAGCAGCUCAUGAAUGCUGCGAACGAGAUGUUGCCAGACUACGCGCCGUCGCCCGCGAAGAGCUUGCACGCAAAGAGCUUGCAAGAGCAGUUGCGCGAGUCUUGGAAGGGAAGAGAUUAUUACUCGAAGCUCAUGGCGCAGAUGGCGUCGCCGUCGCCCGCGAGACCGAGCAUGCGACCGCCACACAUGCAACGCUUGCACCAAGGCACGAACGGGGCGGCAGCGGCGGCCAACAGAGCCAAGCAGGCUGAGGCGCAAAAGCAGCAAGCCGCACUCGCCAACAUGUCGGGUAACGCGCUCAACGGUUUCGGCGGUGGUGGCGGCGGGUACAUGUUUGCGAAUCUGGUCAAGCGACCCGAACCUGCUCCAGUACCGGUACCGGUGGCGCCCGCAGCUCAGGCGAAGGCGGCGACCAAGACAAAGCGCAAGAGCGGCGAUAUUAUGCCACCGCCUGGGCCGAAGCGCGGGUCAGACAAGUCACCAGAAUCGGCGAAGAGCGAGAGCUCUGUGGAGAUGGAGAUCGUGGCGAAUUCUGUCAAGAAAAUUGAGCAAGCGAUGCGAAGAAUCUCCAUGUCGCCGGCGCCGACGAGGCUCGCAUUCACGACCCACGCCUCGACAGAUUCGAACUCUCCGGGCAUGUCAGGCAUGCAACUCAAAUUUGAUUCUCCGAGUGAUUCGAGCGUGGACGUCGACGCGGUGCUAGUCGGAGAUGACAUGGAGGCGAUGCGCAAGGCGAUUAGAGAUCUCCGCCGUGAGAAUGAAGAGUUGCGGUCGAAGUUGGUCGAGACGCAGAGAGAUGCACGCAGCGCCGGCGCGCGCGUCUCGGGGAGUGUCAUCGCUCAGGCGAAAAUGACGGAGCACGAAUUCAGCCGGAAGUUCUAA